GAAAGGAAUAAAGAGGCGAAAGAACACACAUUUGAAUGCUCCCUCUUCCGCUCCAUCUGCUAUGUAAUCCUGGCACUUAAAACUCAUCUCGACGAGCUGUGAACAUUAGCCAAAUGAAGUGACAAGAAAUUAACAAAAAAAAGAACGACUGAACGAUAUAAGAAAUAAUAAUAUAAAAACCCAAUGAGUCAGCACCGCAUCGGUUGUUGGAGUUGUUUUUGUUGUUGCCAGUGGGGGCGUGCCCGGAGUGGGAAUUGAGUGCUCCUAAUGAUGAACUCGGUCAAGGAGCCAGUGCAGCCAGUGCGGUGGCCAAGUAAUUAGAUAAGCGAGCUUGGAAAAACAGGACCAAACCGAUAAAUCGCAAUGGUCUACGGGAGGAGCAUUGCCGUAGGCGUCUGCCUGAUGACCGUCGUCCUUCUGCUGGCCGCCGUAAUAUUUUACUUAAGUUUGGGACCCUGCCCCACGGGCAGCUUCGCCUGCGACAACGGCACGCUGUGCGUUCCAAGGCGCCAGAUGUGCGACAGUCGGCACGAUUGCGCCGACAGCAGCGACGAAAAUCCUGUGGAGUGCGGACUCCUUUACGGCAGCAAGGAGAUGGCCGACAAGAUUGUGCGUAAUGCGAUUGAAAAGAAGCAACAGCGCCUAAUCUCCUCAACUUCGAAUGCGAGCGGUGUGGAUUUAUCACCGCCGACGGUGCCAAGGAAUCAAAGUCUAACUUUAAACAUGACUUGUGAUAUCGUCACAUAUCCAAAAACUUGUCAGUGUGGUCAGGGAGGGAAGCGAGGAACCAUUCUCUACUGCGGUCGCUAUGCCAAGUUGCGUCGAUUUCCCAGAAUCAGUUCGGAGGUCACCAAUCUGAUCAUUAUCCGCAACAACCUGACCCUGCGAGACAAUAUUUUUGCCAACAUGACCCGCCUGCAAAAGUUGACACUCAAAUACAACAACAUAUCACGUGUCCCGCUGGGCAGCUUCAGUGGUUUAUUUCAUCUGGAGCGCCUGGAGCUAAGCCACAACAAUAUAAGCCACCUGCCCCACGGCGUCUUCCUGGGACUACACAGCCUCCAAUGGCUGUUCCUGGUUAACAACCAAUUGCACCACCUGCCCAUGGAACAGCUACGAUUCUUCCAUCGAUUGGAAUGGUUAGUCCUGAGUAGGAAUCGCCUCACCCUGCGGAAUGUGCAGCUGCCGAAAAUCCCGUCGCUUUACGAAGUUUAUUUGGAUUUCAAUCGAAUCGAAUACAUUGGCGAGGAAACUUUUUCCCAAUUGGAUAAUUUACAUUUGCUAGAUCUCCAGCACAACCUCAUCACUCACAUCCAUGGACGAGCGUUUGCGAAUCUAACCAAUAUGCGAGAUAUCCGCCUUGUCGGUAAUCCCAUUAAAGAGCUAUCUGGCGAAACAUUUCUGCACAACACUCGACUGGAGGCACUUUCUUUGGCCCAAAUGCCGAUACACAUCACCAGCAGUUUGAUGGAGCCGCUGAACAUCUCUUUCUUGAAUCUCACGGGUAUCCGAUAUGAUCACAUAGACUUUGCUGCUAUCAAUGCGAUGCGAAACCUCACCUACAUAAUCUACGAUCGAUUCUUUUACUGCUCGAUGACUCCGCGGGUCAGGAUGUGCAAGCCAUCCACCGAUGGAGUCAGUUCAUUUCAGGAUUUAUUGAGCAAACCCGUUCUUAGAUACUCUGCUUGGGUGAUGGCAACCUUAACAAUAGCUGGAAAUGUUUUGGUCCUUUGGGGACGGUUUAUAUAUCGGGAUGAGAAUGUGGCAGUCACAAUGGUGAUCCGGAAUCUGGCGUUGGCCGACAUGCUGAUGGGCUUCUAUUUGGUCACCAUCGGUGUGCAGGACUACCGCUACCGGAAUGAGUAUUACAAGGUUGUGUUGGACUGGAUAAGUUCAUGGCAGUGCACGUUGAUUGGAACCCUAGCUGUGAGCUCUUCGGAGGUGUCGAUGCUUAUCCUGGCUUUCAUGUCUUUGGAGCGCUUCCUGCUGAUUGCGGAUCCGUUUCGAGGUCACCGCAGCAUCGGAAGUCGGGUGAUGUGGCUGGCUUUGAUAUGCAUUUGGAUUACUGGAGUGGGUCUAGCGGUUGUACCAGUGCUUCUGUGGCGGACAAGCACGCUGCCGUACUACGGAUCUUAUUCCGGAACUUGUUUCCCACUGCACAUCCACGAGGCCUUUCCCAUGGGUUGGCUUUAUUCGGCGUUUGUUUUUUUGGGUGUCAAUCUGCUGUUGUUGGUAAUGAUUGCUAUGCUAUAUACAGCCCUGCUGAUCUCGAUAUGGCGGACGCGGAGUGCUACGCCGCUGACUCUUUUGGACUGUGAAUUCGCGGUGCGGUUUUUCUUCAUCGUGCUGACAGACUUCCUCUGUUGGGUGCCAAUCAUUGUUAUGAAGAUCUGGGUCUUCUUCAACUACAAUAUAUCGGACGACAUCUACGCUUGGCUCGUGGUCUUUGUUCUGCCCUUGAACUCGGCGGUUAAUCCACUUUUGUACACCUUCACCACGCCUAAGUACCGAAAUCAAAUCUUUCUGCGUGGUUGGAAAAAGAUUACCUCUAGAAAGCGAGCGGAGGCGGGCAAUGGUAAUGUGGCCACAACAACGACAGGCACGGCCACCGGAUCCUCCCAUCCGGAUGACUCCACAGCACUGGCCAAAGCCAUGCCAUUAGCUCUUACGUUGUCUAACUGA